AUCAUUGCUCCCGUAGCCGACCAUCUUGAUGAGCCUGAAAUCAUCAUUGUUCCUGAUCGCCUCUUUUACAAUGUUCCAUUUGCAGCGUUAGAGGAAAAAAGUGGAAAGUGUUUAUCAGAGUCUUUCAGGAUACGCAUCGUUCCCUCUUUGACGACUCUAAAGCGUAUUCAGGACAGUCCGGCCGACUAUCACAGUCAGAAUGGUGUAGUGAUAGUGGGGGACCCUAAUGUUGGUGAGGUGUUGUAUAAUGGCGUUCUUCGGCAGAUAUCGAGGUUGCCUUUUGCAAGUGAAGAAGCAAAAAUGAUUGGAAAACUGUUCGGUACUGAACCUCUGGUAGGAAAGCAAGCUACAAAGCAGGCGGUCCUUCAAAACAUUCAUUCGGUGUCUCUGAUACAUUUUGCUUGUCAUGGUAAUGCCGAAAGAGGUGAAAUUGUUCUUGCACCUCCACCCCUAACUGAUAGGAGACCUCAAGAAGAAAACUACUUAUUGACUAUGGAGAACAUUUCACAAGUUCAACUGCGAGCCAAACUGGUAGUCCUUAGUUGCUGUGGAGUGGUUGGAAUUGCUCGUGCGUUCUUAGGAUCCGGUGCGCGCUCAGUGUUGGCAGCACUGUGGGC